GACCUCGAAGUUCAAUUCUUUUUAACGUCCCCAAAAUUCCCUUUUUCAGAUUUUGAUCGUGUUUAAGCCACACGCUUAUCAAAAAAUCAAAUUUUAUUUUUUUAUUUUUUUUAAAAAAUACCAACUUUCAAGUGAAGAACUUAUCUCAACACCCAUAUUUUUCUUCUGCCAACAUUUUGCUUCUAUUCUAUGUAGACCAUCAUACCAACCUCCUCUUUAUCUCUCUCUCUCUCUCUCUCUCUCUCUCUCUAUAUGUAUAUAUUUAUAUGUUUAGAGAGAGAAAGUAGUGAGGAUGUGAGUCAACCAUAAGAAUUGGGCUUUAUAGUCUAAAAAAUUACAUGUGGUUAAGUAUAGUUCAUCCAUAGUUGGAAAGUUUAAUUGGUGUACUACAAAGUAUGUUUUUAAAAGUUUUGUACUUCAUUUGUAGUACAUGCAAUAGGCUUACUCUCUAACCCUCCCCUUCAAAAAUUUCUUUUCCUUUCUAUGGUUGCUACUUAGUUUAAGCUUUAAAUAUAGCAUUGCUGAGAAUCGAAAUCGUCUCAUGUCGUGUUGUUUCCAACGUUAAUCUUCACCCAGAUAGGACUGAGACUGGCAGACCCAUCUGGAAAUUUGUUGGCUUUCACUUUUCUGUUUCUAUUGUUUCCCUUAUUCAAUUAAGUAUAAGCCAAUUGUGGUCUGCGUGUGUUCUUUAUUUUUAUCUCUUGGGUGGUUAUUGGCAGUCAAACAAAGAGGGGAAAAAAAAAAAAAAAAAGAAAGAUACCCCUCUAGCUGUUCUAAGAGUUUUUAUUUAUUGCAUUUUUCUGGAUGUUUUGCAUGUGAAAAACCCAGAUAAGGUUCACAAUUCACAUACGCUUUUGUGAAUUUCUGAUCAUCCUGUAUAAAAGUUUCAAAGAAGAAAAGGAAAAAAAAAAAAUUUGAGGGGGGCAAUUUUCUGAUCAAAAUGAGGAACACCAACAAUGAAGAAUCAAAGGAGAUUGAGAGAGAAGGUGUGGAAGAGAAUGGAGAUGAAGCAGAGGACAUGGGCAGGGUAGCACCAUGGACGAGACAGAUUACAAUUCGUGGACUUAUAGCCAGCCUAGUAAUUGGAAUCAUUUACAGUGUCAUAGUGACAAAACUCAACCUCACCACUGGUUUGGUUCCCAAUCUCAACGUCUCAGCUGCUCUUCUUGCUUUUGUGUUUGUCCGGUCAUGGACCAAGCUUCUUCAGAAGGCAGGAAUUGUAACAACUCCUUUCACACGCCAGGAGAAUACUAUAAUCCAGACUUGUGCAGUGGCAUGUUAUAGUAUUGCUGUUGGAGGUGGUUUUGGGUCUUAUCUGUUGGGUUUGAACAGGAAGACUUAUGAACUAGCAGGAGUUGAUACAGAGGGAAAUACUCCUGGAAGCACCAAAGAACCAGGAGUUGGUUGGAUGACUGGUUUUCUCUUUGUGAGUUGCUUUGUUGGGCUGCUUGCUUUGGUUCCUCUUAGAAAGAUCAUGAUAAUAGACUACAAGUUAACUUAUCCUAGCGGAACUGCUACAGCUGUUCUUAUUAACGGGUUCCAUACUCCGAAAGGAGACAAGGUGGCAAAGAAGCAGGUUCAUGGGUUCAUGAAAUUCUUUUCCAUUAGUUUCCUUUGGGGUUUCUUUCAGUGGUUCUAUUCGGGUGGAGAGCAAUGUGGAUUCGCUCAGUUUCCAACAUUUGGAUUGAAAGCUUGGCGAAACUCAUUUUACUUUGAUUUCAGUAUGACAUAUAUUGGAGCAGGAAUGAUUUGUUCCCAUCUUGUGAACUUAUCUCUGCUUCUUGGUGCCGUAGUCUCUUGGGGAAUAAUGUGGCCAUUAAUAAGGGGACUUAAAGGGGAAUGGUUUCCUGAAAGUUUAUCAGAAAGCAGUAUGAAGAGCUUAAAUGGUUAUAAGGUUUUUAUUUCAAUUGCCCUUAUACUUGGAGAUGGGCUUUAUAAUUUUCUCAAGAUUCUGUUGUUCACUGCUGCAAACAUACAUGGGAGAAUGAAGAACAAGAACCUUAAACCAUUUUCAAAUGACCAAAAACAAGUUCUUGAUGAUCUUCGAAGAAACGAGGUCUUCGUAAGAGAGAGCAUUCCUUUUUGGCUGGCGUGUGUCGGAUAUACUUUCUUUUCCAUCAUCGCUAUCAUUGUUGUCCCACUGAUGUUCCCUGAGCUCAAAUGGUAUUAUGUAGUCGUUGCCUAUAUUCUCGCACCCUCUCUUAGCUUCUGCAAUGCUUAUGGUGCGGGUCUAACUGACAUGAACAUGGCUUAUAACUACGGGAAAGUGGCUCUUUUUGUGCUUUCUGCCUUGGCUGGGAAAGAAAAUGGUGUGGUUGCAGGACUUGUGGGCUGUGGUCUGAUUAAGUCCAUUGUUUCAAUAUCUUCUGAUCUGAUGCAUGAUUUUAAGACUGGCCAUUUAACUCUCACAUCCCCAAGAUCUAUGCUUCUAAGCCAGGCUAUUGGAACCGCUAUAGGCUGUGUAGUAGCUCCCCUCACUUUCUUCCUCUUCUACAAGGCUUUUGAUGUAGGGAACCCGGAUGGCCAAUACAAAGCCCCAUAUGCUCUCAUCUAUCGAAACAUGGCAAUUCUUGGUGUUGAAGGCUUCUCUGCCCUCCCCAAUCAUUGUUUACAGCUCUGCUAUGGAUUCUUUGCCUUUGCCGUAGCGGCCAACUUGCUGAGAGAUGUUUCGCCUAAACAGAUUGGAAAGUGGGUUCCCCUUCCUAUGGCUAUGGCUGUUCCUUUCCUAGUUGGUGCUUACUUCGCCAUUGAUAUGUGCAUGGGGAGUUUGAUUGUAUUCGUUUGGCAUAAGCUAAACGGCAGGAGGGCAGGUCUGAUGGUUCCUGCUGUGGCUUCCGGUUUGAUUUGCGGAGAUGGGUUGUGGAUUCUCCCCUCAUCAAUUCUUGCUUUGGCUAAGAUUCGUCCUCCAAUCUGCAUGAGCUUCUUGGCAACCUAGUGAAAUUCCUUCAUAUAGGGAUGGCAUAGAGUUGCAGUUUUGCUGCUAGUAGCCAGAGGUUAUGGUAAAACCUAUAGCUUAGGUGCUACAUAAAAGUUUUUUUUUUCCUGUAUUUUGAAUCAAAAGCGUAAUAAUAUAGCAUAGAAAAUGGUAGAGAAUUGAAAUCUCUAUGAGCUUGCUUUAAGUGGUAGAAGGAUUAAUUGCUAUUCAUAGACUUUUAGUGUAAACAAGCAAAGUUGUAAUAAGCUUAGUAUAAGAUAAAUGAAAUGAUUUAACACCA